AUGGCAUCACCACCUCCAACACCAAGCAGACUGCCGUCUACUACGACUACUACUACUGCUACUAUUCGUAGCAAUUCGUGGCGUCAACCGUCGCCUAUACAGACACCAGAGUGUACAACACGUACUCUUGCCUUUGACUCCACUACAUUCAGUGUACGUGCGAAGAAACGACGACGAAGAGUGGCUCAAGCUGGAGCCUUUAUUACUACAAGAAGACCAUCACAUAGUGAGGAGAUAAACGACAAGAAAGAGGUUCAAGAGCAAGACAUGGGACAAGAAAGUACUCGAAAGUGGACUGUACAGCCUCUUGAAGACAUCCUGAGACAUUCGACGUUAUCUGAUGGACAAAUCGAGGACAAUCACAAGACAAACGUCCAUGAAUCGCCCGUGAUGAAUUGUUCGAAGACGCUGGAGACCUCAAGUGAACUUGUGGUACAGGACAAUAGUGCCGAUACUAAUCAACAAAAGACAGUGGAGAGAUUACGUCAACUUGUUACAAAAUGCAGUGAACAACAUCAUGUCAUGGCUGCCCUUUUCUAUGCAGACAAACUCGUGACAAUGUGUCCUACCAAUGACAAAGAUGUACUGAUGUUUGCAAAUGCUUGUUAUUUAAAUCGAGAGUAUCAUCGUGCGAUUCAUGCAAUUCGAAAAAAGACCAAGUUAGUGGACAUGAAUAGCGUGAAACGGGUGGAAGGAACAGUGCUACGUUAUGAAACACUACGAGCAGCUUACUUGAUUGGAAAAUGCAUGUUGGCGAUCAAACAGAAGGAAGAGUGUUUAGAGCUGUUGGGGACGAUAUUGCCUGAACGAGAGCAUGAUGUGGUGUUAUUUGCCAAGAAAGUGCAGUUGCUGAAUGCUGCAGAUCAAACUGUGCAUGGAAUUAAUGUGGUGUCAUCGCUGGUACUCUUGAUGGGCGAGACAUUUGAGGCUAUUGGCAACCGCGAAAACGCAAUGGUCUACUUUCGUAUUGCGCUGCGCUGCGAUGUACAAAACUCGGAGGCAUUCUUUUAUUUAUUUGAUAAGCAGAUGCUGUCGCCACAAGAAGAGAAGGAGCUUGUGGCGUCGCUGGACUUUUCAUCCGACGAGAUGCAAUUAUUAGAGCUAUUGUACCAGACACAGGUUGGAAAGUAUAACUCGGCACCGUCCGUUGACGAGAAGUUUACUGAAGUGGAGCAACGAUUUGGUUUGGUGGACAACUUAGAUCUGAACGUCAUGAAAGCCGAAACGUUUUAUUAUCGGCAUGACAUUCAGCAGGCACAUGAUAUUUGCGAAAGUGUUCGGGAGCAAGACCCAUUCAAUUUCCGCGUUAUUUCGGUAUACGUCGGCACAUUAGUGGAGCUCGGAAAAAAGCGUGAGCUUUACCACUAUGCUCAUCAAAUGGUGGAUGUGUAUCCUACAAAAGCACCGGCUUGGUACACUGUAGGCUGUUACUAUCUCUUAAUUCAGAAAUACGAGGCCGCACAGCGAUAUUUUCACAAAGCAACGUCACUAGAGCCAAGCUAUGCACCUGCAUGGAUUGGGUUUGGGAACUCUUUUGCGGCCCAGGAUGAAAGUGAUCAGGCUAUGUCAUCAUACCGGACGGCCUCCAGUCUCUUUCCAGGUUCACACCUGCCAUCUUUGUACAUGGGUAUGGAGUAUCUUCGCACCAACAAUUUGGUCCAAGCGCAAGAGUUUAUUCGACAGGCAAGCAUAAUUUGCCCUACAGACCCAUUGGUCUACAAUGAGCUGGGCAGCGUAUUUUACAGGCAGGAAGACUAUCUCAAUGCAAUUGAGAUGUUUACGAAGGCUUUAGACCUAUGCAAAGGUCUUCCUGAGCGACUGAUGGAGGCGUGGGAGCCGACGCUGUUCAACCUCGGAUAUUCAUAUCGCAAACUCCGGAAGUUUGACCAAGCAAUUUACUAUUUUCAAAGUGCACUUCGACUGUCACCUCGAAAUGCGUCAAUUUUAGCUGCAUUAGGCUUCACGUAUCAUAUGAAGGGAUGUCUAGACCAAGCCAUCGAAACAUACCACAUGGCCCUUGCAUAUGCCCCCGAAGAUACUUUAGCAGGGUCCAUGAUCAUUGUUGCAUUCGAGGAAUCGCUGUCUCGUGGGCUUGAUUCAUUUCCUGAAUUUGCGACUUCACCACCGAACGAUGCUCCAAUAACGAGUGGCCUCACUCCCCUUACCGUUCGUCGUGCAGCAGGACUUGACGGCAACGCACAGCUCUCCCAGCGCACGAACCACAGGAGCUUUGCACAUCGUCAACGACAACGCCGAUCUUUUCUAACACCAGGGCCACAACUACAGCAGCUUCGGACGCAAUUGACAGUCAGUGUGCUCGAGUCUCAACUUUCCGAAGAUAGCUCUACGAUGAAUGACAACGAUGACUAA